AUGAAGAUAGCAGGGGUUUUCGUGAAGGCAGCUCUAGCCCUUUGCUGCUGCUUAGGUAUUGCUUUUGGAGUUGAGGUUGAUUGCAGCCUGUAUGCCAGCAGCGUCACCAAGGAUGGGUCAGUUUUGGUAGCUUGCCCAAGGAACUUGCAGCCGGUCUGUGGCACCGAUGGCACCACAUACAGCAACGAGUGUGGGAUCUGCCUCCACAACAGGGAAUACAGGGCCAAUGUGAAGAAGGCACAUGAUGGAGAAUGUGAACCCAAAACUGUUACGAUCGAUUGCAGCAGGUACCAAAGAACUCUAGCAGAUGGUCACGUCAUGGUAGCAUGCCCAAGGAUACUGAAACCAGUCUGUGGCUCAGAUAGCUUCACUUAUGACAACGAAUGUGGGAUCUGUGCCUAUAACGCAGAACAUCACAGCAACAUUAGCAAAAAAUAUGAUGGAGAAUGCAAGCAGGUCAUUGACGCUAUUGACUGUGAUAAUUACCCAGCAUCAGCCACUAAAGAUGGCAGACUACUAGUAGCCUGUCCAAGGAUCCUGAAUCCAGUUUGCGGCACAGAUGGCAUUACAUAUGAUAAUGAAUGUGGAAUCUGUGCCCACAACGUAGAACACAGGGCCCAUGUUAGCAAAAAGCAUGAAGGAAAAUGCAGAGAGGAGACUCCUGAGAUCGAUUGCAGUCAAUACUCAUCAAGAAUUAUUAAGGAUGGCAAAGCCCAGAUGCGCUGUCCAAGGAUCCUGCUCCCAGUCUGCGGCACAGACGGAUUCACUUAUGACAAUGAAUGUGGCAUCUGUGCCCAUAACCUAGAACAUGGGACCCACGUUAAGAAAAGCCACGAGGGAAGAUGCCAAGAGGAAAGUGCUCCUGUUGACUGCAGCAGAUACCUGAGCAACACCAAAACCGGUGAAACCAUUGCAGCCUGCCCCUUCAUCCUGCGCGAGAUCUGCGGGACAGACAACGUCACCUACAGCAACGACUGUGUGCUGUGCGCCCAUAACAUUGAAUCUGGAACCAGCGUUGCCAAGAAGCAUGAUGGAAGGUGCAUAGAAGAAGUUGCCGAACUUGACUGCAGCCGGUACGCAAGUUCCACGCUGAAGGACGGCACGCAGCACAUGAUUUGCACGAUGAUCUACGAUCCCGUGUGUGGUACUGACGGUGUCACUUACGCCAGCGAGUGUACGCUGUGUGCCCACAACCUGGAGCAUCACACCAAUUUUGGCAAAAGAAAGAACGGACGCUGUGAAGAGGAAAUUACAAAAGAGUAUUGCAAGAACAUCCAAGAAAUCUCUAUCUGCAUCAUGAAUUAUUUGCCUCACUGCAGCUCUGAUGGCAAAACAUACGACAACAAACGUGUCUUCUGCAAUGCCUACCUAUAA